GCUGCGGUGGCGACGGCGCUGUUGGGGAGGGGCCGCUGGGGGAGGGAAAGGCUCAGUGACAGGUACCGCGGAGGGUGCUGCUGAGGCGACGAUGGCAGAGGGGCCCGAGGAAGCCCGAGGCCGCCCUCCCGGGCGGGAGGAAGGCGGAGGAGACCACGAGCCGGUCCCCUCCCCGAGUGGCCCCUCCGCCGCCGCCGUCGCCGCCGCUGCCCCCGGCUCCCGGGACGGGYCGCAGGCCGAGCCUCAGGCCCCGGGCCGGCCUCCAACCCCGGGCCCCGCGUCCGCCGCCGCCGAGGAGCCGGAGCCGCCGCGCGAGCCCCGGAAUCGCAGGGAGGCGGCCGCGGGGCCGCCGGAGCCGGCGAGCUGCGACGCGCCCGAGGCCGCGGCGUCCCGGGAGAGGUCGGCGCGGCUGAGCGCCCGCGAGUACUCGCGGCAGGUGCACGAGUGGCUGUGGCAGUCGUACUGCGGCUACCUGACCUGGCACAGCGGCCUGGCCGCCUUCCCCGCCUACUGCGGCCCUCAGCCGCCGCCCAGCUACCCCGCGGCCGGCGCCACCUCCCCGGCCGCCGCGCCGCAGCUCGGCUACUACAACCCCUUCUACUUCCUGGGCGCCGGGGCCGCGGGGCCCGAGGCGGCGGCGGCGGCGGCGGCAGCGGCGGGCAUCGCCACCCCGGCUCCGGUUGCGGGCUUGGGGCCGCGGGUUGCUCCCGUGCCUGGGACGGUCCGGGCGACACCAGUGACAAGAGUAGGAACCGCGGUGCCUGCGCGGACGGCGAGCGACGCCGCGCGGCAGGCGGGCAGAGAGUAUGUUAUUCCAUCCUUGGCCCACAGAUUUAUGGCAGAGAUGGUGGAUUUCUUUAUUCUCUUCUUUAUAAAAGCAACCAUUGUCUUAACCAUUAUGCACCUCAGUGGAAUAAAGGAUAUCUCUAAGUUUGCUAUGCAUUAUAUAAUAGAAGAAAUAGAUGAAGAUACGUCAAUGGAAGAUUUGCAGAAAAUGAUGGUUGUGGCACUUAUAUACAGAUUAUUAGUUUGUUUCUAUGAGAUAAUUUGCAUUUGGGGAGCAGGUGGAGCUACCCCCGGGAAGUUCCUGCUAGGGCUUCGAGUUGUGACAUGUGAUACAUCAGUGCUUAUUGCUCCAAGUCGAGUUUUAGUGAUUCCUUCCUCAAAUGUUAGCAUUACAACGUCCACCAUACGAGCUCUGAUCAAGAAUUUUUCUAUUGCCUCUUUUUUCCCUGCUUUCAUCACACUGCUAUUUUUUCAGCAUAAUCGAACAGCCUAUGACAUUGUAGCAGGAACCAUUGUGGUAAAAAGAAAUGGGGUCAGAUGAUGUCCCAGAAAACCCUGAAUUCCAUUCUUUGGAAUAAUGACAAGACUAAAUUAUGUGUCAAGGCCAUCAGUAUCCCUGGGUAAAAUUGGUUUAGAAAUUAAAGCAGUCACUUCAGUGUGAUACAGGUGACUGUUCUGAAAGUAUUGAUUUUACUUGAAUGCCAAAGAACUUUUCCAGAAGAAAAACAUAUAUAUUAAAUUCAAGUGUUAAAAAAAUUUUUAGAUCAACAAGAAGGCCAGUGGUUUCAUAAUCAACAACGGACAAUAUAUACUUUCUUUAGAUCUAAGGCAUUAGAAUUUGUUGAAAGCAUUUUCAGCUUUGAAAUCUCCAAAUGAAACUUUAAAAUUUUUAUUUUGGUUUAUCCCAAAAUGAUGGAAGAAGUCCAGUUGUGUUUUGUAAACACCUACUUAGUUUAUCUUUUAGUUAACACUUCUUGGGGAAAUGGUUCUUUGUUUUGGUGUGGGAAGGGAGGGAGUGAGAACUCUUCACUCACCUCCCUUGCCAGCAGGUGUUGAGUCAGCUGCAGUGUUUUUGAAAGGGGCAAGUGAGGCAGGCCUAGCAGUUCCUUGCCUGAAGUUUCCAGUCUGUACUGCAGUUCACUGCAGUAAAGGUGUAACUCUGCAACUAUUCUUAAUGCUUAAACGUGUUUAGGGGCAGAUUUUUCAUAAUGAUGAAAAAGUAUUAAGUCAUAUUGCUAUAUUAUCACUGAUUUUUUUUUUAAUGAGAAAAGUUAAGUUAGUGAUUGUUUAUAAGGGCAGGGGGUGUAAAUUUUUACUGUAAAUUUAAAACAUACAAUUCAUGUGCAAGUAUUUUCACUGCCCCCCAAAACUCACUAUGACUAUGUGGGGAAAACUUUUAUCAAAAUGUUGCAUAUUUACUAUAAAAUUUGUGUGCAGCAUGAAGAAAGUGUUAAUGCUUUUCAGUGUUGUAACUUAUAUACUUCAUACUCAMAUAGUAGUUCCUUUCCUCUUCUUGUAUAGUUCCAUGACUGUUGAGACAUCAAGAGUUAAAUAAAUCACCUUAGUUAUUUCAUGAGUAACUCUAAAUGCCAGUAGCCUGUGAAAUGCUAGCAAUUUUCCCAUCCUGAACUAUUCUCUCCAAAGCAAGGGAGACCGUCAUCUCCAGACAUCAUUUCAGCUGCUUUCAGCUCAUUUUGGGCCUGCUUGGGAUGGAGUUGUAGGGGAAAUGUGAAGCAAAAUAAUACUUUGUGUAUUGCCAUUUUACUUUACUCUGCUGAAGCAAAGUCAUGGGGUUUUGUUCAUGUUUGUGUGUGCUUUUGUUGUGUGUCCCAGUUAGCUGUGUUGAGAGAGAUACCCGAACUAUUUGUAAUUUUUUGAUUCUUACUCAUUUUCUCCAACUCUGACACUAUUUUCCAAAAAACACUAAACUGUACUGUACAGUUUAAAAUUAGACUGCUUAAGGGAUCAGUCUAAGCUUUGUUCUUGGUAUUAAAUUUAUAGCAAACCCAAGACAUGUCUGUUAUCACUGUUCAAUUUUUAAAGUAAUUUUUCUUUUGAUAUUUAAAACUGUGAAAGUAACAUUUAAUGUGUGUAGAAACUUUGACAGUGUCCUUAGUAAUACGUGUUUAUUGUAAAACUUAACAGUAAGAUUUAUUAGUUAAGUGUGUACAAGUACUAAAUAGAUGAUUCACUUGUAACCUCUGUGAAGGUUGUUUUAUGGCUCUUUGAAGGAAAAAGAAAACAAAAAAUCUUUUAUUUAUAUUGAAAAUUGGGAAAUGUUAUACAAACUUAAAAUAGUAUAGACACUACUGUUGUCACUGAUUGGGGAAUUCAAGUUUAAAUGUCCUUCAGUGGUAACUGUGGAAUGUAUCUUUGACUUGGAAUUUCUACUGAAAUAAGUUGUCAUCAGGCUUUUUAUUUAUACAAAAAAAAAAAGUUCAGUUUAAUUAGCUAUGGUUAGAGAAGUACAAUUUGCUCUAAGUGUGGACUCAAGUUAUACCAUGUGUUCCCAUAGGAUACACAUUAAGUCUUACUUUGCCUUUACAACAAAACCAAAGUCUGUUUCUAUUUAUGAAUUCAGUGCUUAGAGGAAGUACUUUUUCAUUCCCAGAGUUGAAAAAAUGUGACAAAACAAUGGGGAAAAAAGAGAACAUGGCCCAGUGCCCAUUUUCCCUUGUGGCUAUGAGGUGGACUCUCCCUUUCAGGAAACCUUUCUAUUUGGUAUAUUUCACUUAUAUAAGUGAUAUUGGCUCUUUUCUGUGUCAAAAUCUUAAUUCUCAAGUUGAAACUCUAGCCUAAAAAGGCCAAAAAAAAAAAAAAAUCUUAGUACAAACAUUAUUUGUCACUUUAAAAGUAUCCUGGAAUGGCUAGUCUGGCAGGCUGACCACUGUUCAUGUUGGGAGGCAGAAGCUGGGCCCUGGGUUCACAGUGCCGAGUAGUAGCCUUGCUUUAUAAAGA